AUGGCAACCGAGCGUCGAGAACGAAGACCCUCAGUGGGAGCCCCUAUUGCCGACCUCCAGGGUCCUGUCGGUCCUGGAUUCAGUCGGCCCAAACACAAGCGCACUUUCACGGGUUUCGGGCCCUCGGAGAUCAAGAGUGUAGAAGCGAGCAUCCCCGAGCCUUUACGUGAGGCCUGGCGCAAAUACUCCGCUGCUGGAUUUUCAAACAAAGAAGAAUUCGAGAAAGAGCUUGUGCGCCAUAUUGAGACGACGCUUGCUCGCUCGCUGUACAACUGCGAUGAAUCCGCUGCAUACUCCGGAACAGCGCUGGCUUUUAGGGAUCGGUUGAUCAUCGACUGGAACAAGACCCAGCAGCGUCAGACAUUCAAUGACCAGAAGAGAGUAUACUACCUCUCCCUUGAAUUUCUCAUGGGGCGAGCGCUGGACAAUGCGAUGCUGAAUGUGGGCCAGAAAGAGGCAGCUCGAGAUGGUCUGAGAGACCUUGGCUUCCGCAUCGAGGACAUCAUCAGCCAAGAACACGACGCGGCCCUGGGUAACGGUGGUCUCGGGCGUUUGGCAGCAUGUCUCUUGGACAGCCUGGCGACACUGAACUACCCAGCAUGGGGUUAUGGCCUGCGAUAUCGCUACGGGAUCUUCAAACAGGAGAUUGUCAAUGGCUACCAGAUGGAGAUUCCGGACUACUGGCUUGACAACAACCCUUGGGAGUUUCCCCGACAUGAAAUCACCGUUGAUAUUCAAUUCUACGGCUGCGUCCGCAAAUACCAGGACGAGAAUGGCAGGAUCGUCCACUCCUGGGAGGACGGUGAAAUAGUUCAAGCAGUCGCUUACGAUGUGCCGAUUCCUGGAUAUGGCACCAAGACGACCAACAAUCUCCGCCUGUGGUCGAGCAAGGCAAGUAGCGGCGAGUUUGACUUCCAGAAAUUCAAUGCCGGAGACUACGAAAGCGCCGUGGCGGACCAGCAGAGCGCCGAGACCAUCUCGGCCGUGCUUUACCCGAACGACAACCUGGAACGAGGUAAAGAGCUCCGCCUGAAGCAGCAGUAUUUCUGGUGUGCGGCUUCUUUGUAUGAUAUUGUCCGGCGAUUCAAGAAGACCAAGCGGGCGUGGAGCGAGUUCCCCGAUCAGGUGGCGAUUCAGCUCAACGACACCCACCCGACUCUUGCAAUCGUGGAGUUGCAGCGCAUCCUGAUUGACAUUGAAGGUCUCGAAUGGGAUGAGGCAUGGGUCAUCGUGACCAAAACCUUCGGGUACACCAACCACACGGUUUUGCCCGAGGCGCUGGAGAAAUGGUCGGUUCUGCUGAUGCAAAACCUGCUUCCACGACACCUGCAGAUCAUCUACGAUGUCAACCUGUUUUUCUUGCAGUCGGUCGAGAAACGGUUCCCCAACGACCGGAACAUGCUGGCGCGAGUUUCAGUCAUUGAAGAAACGCAUCCCAAGAUGGUGCGCAUGGCGCAUCUGGCCAUUAUUGGGUCGCACAAAGUGAAUGGCGUGGCUGAAUUGCAUUCCGAUCUCAUCAAAGCCACCAUAUUCAAAGAUUUUGUGGAGAUCUAUGGUCCAGACCGGUUCACCAAUGUCACCAAUGGCAUUACCCCCCGGCGCUGGCUGCACCAAGCCAACCCGAAGUUGUCUGCGCUGAUUGCCGAGAAACUCGGAGGAUACGAGUUCUUGACAGACCUGACCCUCUUGGAUAAGCUAGAGGCAUUUGUGGAUGACAAGGCCUUCCGAGAAGACUGGGCGAGGAUCAAAUCGGCCAAUAAACUGCUCUUGGCUAGGUACAUCAAGGAUACGACAGGAUUUGACGUGAACCCGAAUGCACUGUUUGACGUGCAGGUGAAGCGCAUUCACGAGUACAAGCGCCAGCAACUGAAUAUCUUCGGGGUGAUUCACCGCUACCUGAGCAUCAAAGCGAUGUCGGCCGACGAGCGCAAGAAGGUCGUGCCUCGAGUGUCGAUCUUCGGUGGUAAGGCGGCUCCGGGAUAUUGGAUGGCAAAGACGGUCAUCCACCUCAUCAACAACGUGGCAUCCGUUGUGAACAAGGACCCGGAGAUUGGCGACCUCCUGAAGGUGAUUUUCAUUGAGGAUUACAACGUCAGCAAGGCUGAGAUCAUCUGCCCGGCGUCGGACAUCAGCGAGCACAUCUCCACGGCUGGCACCGAGGCCAGCGGCACGAGUAACAUGAAGUUCGUCCUGAACGGCGGAUUGAUCAUCGGGACUUGCGAUGGCGCGAAUAUCGAAAUCACGCGCGAGAUCGGCGAGCAAAACAUCUUCCUCUUUGGCACGCUCGCCGAAGACGUCGAAGACCUGCGCCACCGGCACUUCUACAGCGAUUUCCAGCUGGAUGCCCAGCUGGAGCGGGUGUUUAAUGCCAUCAAGGAGGACAUGUUCGGCGACGCGGCCGACUUUGCCGCGCUCACGGCGUCGAUCGAGGAGCACGGCGAUUACUAUCUGGUGUCGGACGACUUCAACUCGUACGUCACCACGCACGAGAUGGUCGACGAGACGUUCCAGAAUAAAGAGAAGUGGCUGGCCAAGUCGAUUACCAGCGUUGCGCGCAUGGGCUUUUUCUCGACGGACCGGGUGAUUAAUGAGUAUGCUGAUAGUAUCUGGAACGUGGAGCCUCUGGAGGUGAAGGAUUGA